AUGAAUAAAACAAAAGAUAUUGAAUUUCAAAAUCACAGUAUGAUUGGAGGUGGUGGUGGAAAUGGAAUUGAAAAAGGUGAUCUUUCAAAGGAUACCACAAAGAAAUACUUGGAUGUUUUCCGUCCACUUGGUCUCUCGGAAAAGUACCAGCUAUCGAAACAACUUGCCGAUGUUUUUGGUUCAAUGUCUUGUAAUUCCAUUAUCAAAGUUCCCCCACAACAUGUUCCAAUUCAAGAUGAAUAUUUAAAGAAAAUUCUUUAUCACGCUUUCAAGAAUUUGGUUGACAAGUUUCCACAGUUGGUCUACAAAGUCGUUGAUUAUAACACCAACAAUCCAUUGUUUGUAAAGAUUCCUCCAUUCAGCAUUGACACGGUCGUUAAAGUUACGAAUGGUGUCGAUUACAGAGACGAAGAAGCCAGAUACAAAUUGAUUCAAGAACAAAUCAACUAUGAAUUCGAUCUGGAUUCCGAUAGUCCCCAGUGGUAUUGGCGUGUUUGCAAGUGUGACAAGUAUCCCGAUGAAUUUAUGAUAUUUUUGGUGUUCAACCACUUGUUGGCCGAUGGAGUUGGCUCGCUUAGCUUGUAUAUAGAAGUAUUGUCCACCGGAGCUACCUGUGACUAUGAGAAGCUACCAAAUAUUCCUGCAUCGAGAUUGAUCACACCAAAGGAAGUCUACGAACCAACACAACUAGUGGAGAAUGUCAAUCCAUAUAAACUCACUGAUGAGCCAGUUGCUCCAACCAGCAGCAUACAAGAUAAGCUCAAGGCAAACUUGCCAAGCUUCCUUAAAAAGACUGAUUCCAUCUGGCUUGGUGUCAGACCCGCAAGAUUGGAGAAAUUCGACACCAGAAUCAAACAGGUGUUGGUCGACAAGUCAGACUAUAGCUUGGUCUUGAAAAAGAGUAAGGAGAUGGGAGUUACACCACACUCCUUUAUCUAUACUACCUUUAUCCUUGCCGUUAUGGAGGUGUUUGGCAAUGGUGAGAGAAUGGGUGUUCGAUCGUCGACACCAUUCAACGCUCGUAGCUACUGCAAGCCAAAGGUGCCACUAACCGAUCUUGGAAUGUUCAUCAGCUCGGUGGUUCGUGAUGUCCACGCUACACCAGCAGAGUUGCGUGCCAACUUCUGGCAGUAUUGCAAGGAGUAUAUGCACAGCAUCAAGAAUGACUAUCCACAAGGCAUGAAAAACCUCAACUACCUCGAGGGAUUAGGUCAGUUCCCUGAUGCCUACACCAAGCACUGGCAAGACAGAAUCAAGAAUAUGCCAAUGGGAAGAGCCUGCAGUUUUAUCUAUGCUGAUCUCGGUCGUUUCCCAGACCUACCAAAGAAACACUGGAGAGUUGAAACCAUCUCUACCUUCCAAUCUGCAUUCAUCAGUUCAUCGGCAAUCAUCUACAAUUGCACUGUGAUUGAUGGUAACUUCACUGGAUCUCUUACCUAUCAGAAUGGUGAUUUCACCGUCGACGAAAUCGAUAGAUUCCGUAAGCAUUUGAGAAACAUUAUCAUUGGAAUUGAUCUAGAUAGAUUAAAGGGUUCGGUCGAUGAAUAUUUAAGAUCCAUUGUUUUUCCUUCAAUUUCAGAGUUGUGCAAGAAGAUUCCACAACUAUCAUUAUCUGUUGUAGAUAUCAAUACAAACACACCCAAAUUUCUACAGAUUCAAGAGUUGGAUUUGAAUAAGUUGGUUACAUUCGACCAGACAUCCUAUGACACUUUGACGGAACCGAUUCAACAAGAGAUUGGCAAAGAUUUUGAUAUCUACGAUAGUUCAUUGCCAUUAUGGAGACUAAGAAUCUUUACAACUACAAAAGAUCAGCCUGGUCAUUUCAACGUAAUUUGGGUGGUACAUCAUGUUAUUUCCGACGGAAUCAGUACAACUAUUCUUAUGAAACAACUACUAGAUGAAAUGAAUAGAAAUAGUAAUAAUAUAUCAGAUAUUGUAAAGCAUAUCUCUACAGUUGAUUUAUCAAAUGAAAAAUUAGUUGUACAACCUCCUUUUGACAUGAGAACUGCACAUCAUCCAACGGUAUUGGAUCUACUGCCAGUUGUAUUUAAACACUUCCUGGUACCAUCAUUCAUCAAGAGAUACUGGUCGACUCCACGCUUUUGGGAUGGCGAGGAAGCAGCCGUCAAAGAAAUGCACAACACUCAGGUUCUUCAUUUGGAAUUCGACCAACUUCCUGCACUCCUUCAAACAUGUCGCGCCAAUCAAACUACACCACACGCCGCCAUCUAUGUCGCAAUAGUGCUGGCCACUCUCAAGGUAUUUGGCGAGCAACUACAGUUGAUAUCGGCAACACCAUUUAGCGGUAGAAAUCACUGUACUCCUCCAGUUCCAUCCGAUGAAGUUGGCAACUUUGUAGGUGGCUACGAACGCACCAAAGACUAUAGCUACUCACACCUAAUUCAACCAGCCAACUUUUGGAGUGAAUGCAAACAAUACAAGCAAGAGAUAGCCAACAACAUGAUCACCGACAUCAAGACCACCAACAUGCUCAAACACGUCGGUGAGUUCCCAAGUGCUUGGAAUGACUUUUGGUACAAUCGAUUGAAUACACAUCCAAAAGGAAGAAUAACUAGUUUUGAAUUAAGUGAUCUUGGUAAUGUACAAUUUAACAACAGCAACAACAAUAUCUUGUUGAAAUCAGCAGUGUUUACACAGAGUACAAACGUAUUAGGUUCUGUAUUCAAUGUGAAUACAAUCACCACCAAUAAUAUCUUACAAUGCACAGUAACAUGGCAACUUAAUGCUAUUUCAGAUCAGCACGCAUCCGAUUUUAUUCAAGAACUUAACACUAUAUUAAUCAGAAUUAUAUCAGAUAAAUAA